ACAUUUUUUGCAAAUGUCAACACAAACUGUCUUUAAUUUACAAAAACAAUCAUUGGUCAUUACUUGCUGUCUUAUAUUCGCUGUCACGUGUCAUCUUGCAUACUGCAGAUGAGUGAUGGAGAGAGUGGUUUUAUUAUCAAAAGAUGAAGCAGUGAAGAAUCAGGUUGACAAGAUAAAGAAUAAAUUUGAGGAAAAGUAUCACACCUGUAGAGCAUUUAGAGAAGAAUGUCUCACAGGGCCAGAAGACAGUCAGAGAGUGGCCCAGACUCUGAAUGACGAGAGUGCUAUAAUUAUCGCGGUGCUGGACCAGACACUUCACGAAAUUCUAGAUGACAAGAAAUCCAGAAGGCUGUUGAACAAAAUAAGAGAUCGUAUCAAAUCUGGUAGGGUUGUGCUUAUUAAGUAUGAAAUCAAAGAAAAAGAAAUUCAAGAUUUCUUAGAUGACAUCACUGAAGACCAGCCAUGUACUCUACAUGAUCUAACCAUGGACAACGUAUCCCAGAUUGCCACACAGAUAUGGGAUCUUUCUCUGGUGAACCGCAAACCUACAGAAUCAGAUGAAAUCAAUGGAGGCAUAUCCUCCCCAGCAGGAACAUCAUUAGAUAUGGCAGCCAACAAACUCAGCAGCAAUGAAUGGAAUCCAGUAAACAAAGACUCCAUAUUCAGAGACAACUAUGCCAGAGAAACAAAUUCAUCCUGUGAUCCCCAGGAAUCCCACAAUUCCUUCCGAGAUAGUAUGAAAUCCUUUGAUUAUGAUGACUGUGGGUCAUCCCUGUCCAGCAGUGGGAAGGAUGGAACAGUCAGAAUAGCUGAGGAUUUCCCAAAAACAGAAGAUGCAAAUUUAAUGGUGGAAAAGUUAAGCAGCAAAUUACAGGUAGUUUUACCAACUAAAGAUGGAGGACAAGCCAAUAUUCCAGGAAACAGAGAUUCUCUACAAAAAGAUAGAUCUCCAUCUUCUCUUCCUGAGAAAUUUGCAACAGAUGACUUCAAAAGAAGAGGACAAAAUGCUUGUCUCCAAAUACCCGGCAUGCAGUGCUCAGCAGUAUCAAACGACAAUAAUCAAAAGUUCCAUUCAGUGCCUUGCGUAACAAAGCUGAAGGUAAAGCAGAGCAGUAGAGAGAUUACCCAACCUGUGGAUGGUAACAAUGUAGAAACCAAAUUAGUCCCUUCUAGCCAGAGUGAUGGUCAUCAUGAUUUGCAUGUUGGGAGUAGUCCACUUCCGAAUGUUUUUAUGGUGAGAGAAAGCCCUAGGCAAGAGGGUUUAGUGAAUCAGCCUCAAUCUACACAAAGUCUACAGGCUCCAAGUCAGCUCCCAACACCUAGUCCCAGUUCCACCUUUACAGAAAACUCCCAAAUAUUGUCUUAUUCCAAUCUGUCAGUCCCAAUGCAAGAGUCUUGCAAUAUGGCAGAGAGAGAGUUGGGCAGAGACAGAGCAAUGUAUACUGAAUCCUGCCAAGGGGUUACUGAACAAGAUUCUCAGCUGAGUUAUGCCACUUCCUAUCAGCAAGCAUACUGCUCAAUUCGCUGUCAGAAAUGUAACCAAACCAAAGAUAAUGUCAGGUUAUUCAGCAUUGUUCCUCAUCAAACUGGCCUGGCAUCACCAACAUCAGUCCCACUUUGUUUCAGUAUUCCAAAUUCCUCUGGUCCAGAGGCAAUGACAUUUUCCUAUUCAUUAUGUCGUGAAUGUAGCCAAGAUGUGCCUUUCAUAGAUAUUCCCAUCAGGCAAAACUCUUUUUCGAGUACAAAUGGAACUCUUGACAGUUCCAACUUGUUCCCUCCUGCUCUAGAGCAUUCAGUACCUGACCUUAAAAUGACACAGCAAGCUUAUCCAAUUCAUACUUCCAACCUUGAAAAGGGUUCUGAGUCACACCUGCAAAGAGAUGCCAUACCCAGACAUCAAAGUUCCCCUUCAAGGUUGAAUUACAUGCAACAACAGCCUACCAAUAACUUUGGUCAACCAGAGUUUAGACGUGAAAUUUUGGAUUUAGAUCAAAGAAUGAGACAUUCCCCAGUCCCAACAUUCCAGAGAAAUAUACCUGUAAACUCAAAUGGAACUCAGCAAUCAAACACAGAUAACACAAAGGUCCCUUGUCCACCAUUAUCAGCAAUUCCAGGGAGCUUUCAGAAUACCCAAAGUAAAAGUUUCCAAAGCCAUUCAUUAAACUCCAGAUCUUUCCAGAGGCAAGGACAGAACUCAGGCUCUUGUCCCACUCUACAGAAUCCACAUUCUUUUGGUGGAGCUUCAUCAGGAAUGCCAGCAAAACCAUAUAACAAAAUAUAUGGCAAUGAUUGUGCUGCUGGAGCCUCUGAUGCAUGUGGUAAUUAUGAUCACCUUCCCUUAAUGGAUCUGAGUCACAUUGUCAUAGAGUACAUCCAGUCACAACUGGACUUCGCUGGAAGCAGCUUGAACUGGGAGCGGCUAGCUCAUCUUCAUGGCUGGAACUUUGGAAUGAUUUACACCAUCAAACAAAAAUGGCAGAAGAGAGUGAUUGAAAGUCCUUUCCUGGAACUGAUUCAAAAUUCCCAGAAUUUCCAGAAUUACACCUUUGGCCAGCUCAAAAUGGAUUUAGAAAGAAUUCCUAGGAAAGAUAUUUUGGAAAAAUUGCGAGAAUUUGAAGAGAAGGAGGAACUUGUUGUAUAAAUCAAUAACAGCCUUGUGGUCGAUUUGAAUUUUGAGAGUAUAGUUUACUUUGAGAAACACUUUUUUUUCUUUACUUGAGGCAUAUAUAUA